GAGAAAACUGAUACUCGUGUUUCUAAAUCAUAAGGAAUGCAUUCGCAGAAUCUUUAUUGUCUUGUGAAUUUUCGUGACAGUGAGAAAAUUGCCGCGCGUCCUAAGAGUGGCUCUUUCGGACGUCUUUCCCCUCGCCCAAUUGAUUUUACGCGGUUAGCAAGAGCACAUUCGUCCGACAAUAUUCUAAUUUGGGACAGUUUGAUUGAUUUGUCCGCCAAGUAUUCUUAGAAACUGUCUGCGUUUUUCCAGGGUGCUUGAACUGUUCUGGCGUCAACAGUUACCAUGACGUGAGGGCAGUGGAUUCGUAAGGCUAAAAAGAGCAAAGGUUUUAUCGCGAAAGAGACGGCACUCAUUUACAUGCGGAAUAUCAAGGAAUCGUGGAAAGCAUGAACUUUACGCGUGCGAUGCGCUAACUCGUUUUGGGCUUCGCGCCGCAUCCCACUUUGCGAGUUAUUCGAGAACGAGACAUUUCGUCCGAGACCCACGCAACGCCUGUCGCGUCCUUAACAGAUACUGAACUUGAAUUGAUUUCUUUCCGAAAAGAAAGCUUUUGUUUGAAAAAUUUAUGCCAUUUUUGAAGGACUGUUUUGGCUUCAUUUGAAAAAGCAUGGAUGAGUCCAAACCGGAGAUAGAUUCCGUUCAUCGGGCUCAUGAUCAGGAAACCCAAACAACGUUUGAUGUGAACCACAGGGAACCAACUAAUAAUAGGACUUCCUCUAUUGAGAGCAGAAGACCGCAUGGCUAUCCACCAUACAACCACAGGCACACACAGUCAUGGAGUGCAGGCCACCCUUAUCAUGCAGCACCAUAUCCUGAGUACUACCCAUAUGACAUGCACUAUCCACCCCCUCAUCAUCCACCUCCCUCUAUGCCAGCUCCACCUCAUGCAAACCACUAUUACCCAGGACGAACACCUCACUGGCAUAGCCAUCCUCCAAGCCCUGUGUUACCAUCACAUCUAUCUCCCAUUCCCCAUCCCCAUUCACCUUACCGCCCUUAUCAUUACCAUCACCCAGAUGCAUUUUAUCCAAAUCCUCCUUCCAUGCAUGGAGUUGCACCUCCACUAAGCAGUUCCCGUGAGAGAAGACACACUGACUCUGAUAUUGCCCGCCCCAAAGCAGAAUGGCCCCCUGGUUAUCAGCCUUUUGUUAAACCUGUGAUACCAUCGGACUAUCUGGCAAAUCUGCACAGAAAUCCAGCAUCUGAGUAUGGAGGGCCACCAUCCACUGCGACAUCUCUGCGGUCUACAGUUAUUGACCUGCCACAUUCCAGCUUUCCAAGCCCAAGGCUGUCAGCAAAACUUAGUCGGAAACGGGCACAUUCCAAUACCCCAUCAUCUGUUGAAUCUAUUGACUUGAACGCAUUAAUUCGAGGCUCACCAGAUUCCUUAUCAGGGUACCUUGGUCCAGCAAGGGUGUCUUCAGCAGGUUCCUUUGGUCACUUGAGUCCCAUUGGUUUUUGCACCUCUCCUGGAUCUCACCAAGCUAGUUGUUAUCCUGUUGCAAGAACUGUGUUCAUCACACCCCCACCUAUUGCCACUCCUCGAAUACCAACACCAUCUUCAACAAGUCGAGAUGCACUGCCCAGCUCAACAACUGGAGCUGAAGGAACCAAGGAAGAAAUGUCUGAAAGCAUGAGUUGUGCUGAGUCAUCACAGGUGUCUAGGGCUAAAGAACCACAGGGCACUUCCUGUAAGGAGGAAAGUAUGGAUGUUUGUCCUCUUGACUCUACAACAUCACCUGGUGCUUCAGAAGUGAAGCAGGAAGGCUCAGACAAUGAAGGAGAAGAGAAUCAAGGAGAGCAGGAUCAAGAGCGAGAUUUGACUUGCCAUUGGAAGGAAUGUCAAAAGCUGUUUGAAACACAGGAUGAUCUGGUCAAACAUGUCAACACUGACCACAUCAAGAAAGAUCGCAAGGACUUCACUUGCUACUGGGAUGGCUGCACCAGAGAGAAGAAACCCUUUAAAGCCCAGUACAUGUUGGUGGUACACAUGCGACGUCACACAGGGGAGAAGCCACAUAAAUGCACUUAUGAAGGCUGCAACAAGGCUUACUCCAGACUUGAGAAUCUCAAAACUCACCUCCGUUCACAUACUGGGGAGAGGCCAUAUGUUUGUGAAGUGGAAGGGUGCAAUAAAGCUUUCUCUAAUGCUUCUGACAGAGCCAAGCAUCAAAACAGGACACAUUCUUCUGUGAAACCUUAUGUCUGUAAGGUACCAGGCUGCCCAAAGAGGUACACAGAUCCCAGCUCACUGAGGAAACAUACAAAAACUGUCCAUGGAGAACAAGGAAUUAAGAGGCUAAAAGCGGAAGGCAGUAGAGAAAAGCCACAACCCAAUUCUGACAAAAAAGGUAAUUUAUCUUCUGACAAAGGCCAAGGCUCCAACACUUCUAGCAGUGGUACACAAGCAUCACAGCCAAUGAGCAAUCAUGUCGAAGAACCCAUGUCACCUGGACAAGAUGGAUCAAGUAGUGCAGGUAGUGUGAUUCAAGCUGGAAGCUGCUCCCAAACAAUUGUAGGCAGUAGCUUUGAUGGGGAUGUUGUCUCUUCAAGCUGUGAGAGAACCCCAGGAGGCCUUGACAUUCCAUCUAGCCGGGAGAGUCCAAGAAACAUGGGCAAUUCCAUGUUGGGGGUGUCGCCAAGAAGUCCUCCAUUUGUAAGCCAACUUCCAGAUAUCAUAGAAGGAGACUGGGAACCUGGAGAGAACGGUGCUGUGACUACUGCACAAGAGGUCAGACCACCAGCACCGAGUGUCAAUCUUCCAAAAAUCGAUGUUCACAAAAGGGACGUUGCCCAGUGGGUGAGUGAUGUUCACCGCAGGAUGAGCCAAACAUCACGGAGAUCAAGUGAUGGCAGCCAUUUAUCUGUGGAGCUUGGUGAUGCAAGCAGAAGGUCUAGCCAAGAAAGUGGUUGGUCUUCUUAUGGCAGUCAUCGAUCUAGCCUGGCUAGCCCCUUUCCAACCACAAAUAUUCAACCUCAAGAGGUUAUACCGCACUAUCCAAGUGGGUGUCCUCCACCUGUACCUACUGGUAUGACUCCUCUUCAUUGCAGACCAAAUUUACAUCCUUUUGAUAGUAGUGAUGACACUCUUCGUCGAACCAGUGAGACAAGCACUUGCAGCAAUCAAAGUGCACCUUACAACAGACUGAGCCGUAAUAGUAGUGGUUAUGGAAGUCAGUCAAACUUAGCAGUUAUUCGUAGUCCCAUUUUCCACAAGAUCCCACCCUCCUCUCACUUACUCCCACAAAGAAAUAACUGCAACAAUGCUGCAAACAGAAGGAAAAGUGACACUGUGAUAUGCGAGGCAGAUAGUUCUGGGGGUUACUUGCCCCAAAAUGGAAAAAGUGAGCUGCGCCGUAGUAGUGAACCAAUCAGGCAAUCAAGAGCACAUAUGAGUAGGCCGGAGCCUCUAAAUGGCAUAGUCAACAGGCAAGUGAUGCUAAUGCCAAACGUAAAUGAAACAGAGCUUAUUUGUGGGGAUGUAGAUCCACAAGAGUUUGAUGCAUAUCUAAAUGGACAAGGGCAAGGGCAGUUGGAACCAACUCCUCCCUUGCAUCCUCCUCCAGUACGUCAAGUUAUGUCAGUUUCCCAACCUCAUCAGACACAACGAUUGCGCCACUACCCAUAUCCUGAAGAACAAGAGGCAGCUCAGCAACCCCAUCAACUCAGUUUACAGACUGUGCAUCAUCGACCACAGCCGUGCCUUCAGAGAAAUUCUCAACAAGUGCAGUGGCCACAGUCCAGCUACAGAAGUGAGCAACUACUUAGUGUACCAGAUGUCAGUGGUGGCUUUUACCCAGCCUCAGAGAAUGCAGCAUAUAGUACUUCAGGGGAACAGACCCCUGCUCAGAAGACCCAGUGUGACAUGGCAAAUCAUGAAAUAGAUGCCAUGGUGUCAGGGAUGGGAUUGCUAUCCACUGAAAAUGGUGGUGUGUCAGAAUUUGUCGGAAAUGGAAACAUGGUAGUUAAUGACAUGAAUACUUUAUUGAACUCUCUACGCGAGGAAGAGAGGUACUUAGAAAUGUGUCAGAACUCUAGAGGUCAAGCAACUGGAAGUGCAAUGUCCAUAUUUUAAGUUUAGAUGUAGGCAGACUGAUCAAAAACAAGGACUGUCUUCUUUCACUAGGGCUGGAUCAACUUGAAAGAAACAGGGUGUAAAGGAAAAGCAGAUGUCCAUAUGUAAAUUUGUGCCAAUUGUUUGUGAUCAUAUGGAACACAAAGGCACCCCACACAUUUUAGACAUAGUCUGAACAAAAGCCCAAUUAUCUCAGUUCUCAAGACUGUUCUGUUUCAUUUAUGGAAUGGCCAGUUGUCAAUGGAAAGAGCCUGACUGUUUUUGGUCUCCUGUUAACAAAUUAAAAUUAUAGAGACCACUAAGGGUACAGAAUUAGUUCCUUGGGAAAACACUCACAACUAAAUGUGCUGCAAAUCAUGGAUAAUAUGUGUAGGGGGAAGGGGAAGGGGGGGGGGAGGGUUGUAGAAAACAUCCUAUGAAAAAAACCACUCUUUGUAAUGAUUAGUAGCCUGAGUAUUUGGAAAGUGAAAUUCAUGUGUUAUAGGACAAUCAGAUAAUAUAAAGUGCAAAAUGCGUUGCUCUGUAGAAAUAGAUCAUUUUAUACAAAGUAUAUUUGUGAUGCAAUAAUGACUAUUUAAGAUAUUACUGAGUACUUAAUUCUUUUAUUUUCAAGAUUUUAAUACAAAUUCUCUGCGUUGUCUGCCAUACAUUUCUUCCAAGGUUAGCUCUGAGAAUUUGGUCUUGAAUCAAGAUGUUUAGUUGUUGUUUUUUUUCUUGUUGAGAUGAAUUCCCAUUUUAUGUCUCCUGUGAAUAGGAUGGUUGAGCUGAAGUUGAUUGGCUAUAAAACAUCCAACACUCAUUAAUUAAAUGCAGUGGUAUUGAACCUGCCAUUAACCUUUUAUACUUUAACAUCGGUACGCAUUUUCUCCAAACUGUUCUCUCUUCAUUUCCUAAGGUGCUGACAAAGAGAAUUUUUAGACAAUGAAGAGCUUCAUAGUUGGUGAUCAUUUUCCUUACUCACACCAUCUUAAGGUGAAAUUCAGGGGUGAUGUUGUCACUAUAGAUUAGACACUAGUCACCCUCUGGGGUCAAAGGAUUUACUGUACAAGCUUAAUUUUCUGGUGAUGUAUCAAAGAUUUCAAUCUUGCGUUCUUGACAUGAGGCAAAUUUAAUUGCCUUCAAAAUUUAAUUUGUAGUUACAGUGCCACAGAAAUCUACAUGUGGGAGUGACAAUCAAUAGCUUUGACGACAAAUAUGCAUACUUUUGUACCAUUGCACACAAUUGUGAAUUAAGCUUUAAGCUGUGAAUGGUAAAUUCCCUAAUGCAGCAAAGACAGUUUUUAUGAACUUUAAUGUCAUAGUUUACACUUCAACUUUUUGUCAUAAAGUUGCAAAAUUUACCACCUGUUUGUUUUAUAAAGUUGUAAUUACCUGUAUUUUCCUCCCUCUCUUCAGCCUCCACAUCUUUGGAUAUUAACUGUUAGGGUAGUAAUACUAUUAAAGAUUCCUGUUGAUUCUUACCCAA